CACAUUUACCUUCCUUACACCUCUCUCUCUCACACACACACACUUUCUCACCUUGUCCUGAUCGGUCUCGCUCUCUCUCACUCUCCCUAAAAUGGCAUUCGAUGGCUCGUGGAAGAUCGACCGCAAUGAAAACUAUGACAAGUUCAUGGAAAAGAUGGGCAUUAACAUGGUGAAGAGAAAGUUGGCUGAACACGACAACCUGAAGUUCAACAUCGAGCAGAGCGGAGACAAGUUCACCAUUAAGGAGUCGAGCACCUUCAGGACCAAGGAUAUCGAGUUCACGCUCGGAGUGGAGUUUGAGUACUCGAUGGCUGAUGGCACAGAGCUCAUAGGCACAUGGGUGAUGGAAGGCGACGCCCUCAAAGGCACAUUCACCAGGAAGGACAACGGCAAAAUCCUGACCACAACUCGGUCGCUGGUUGGUGGAGAACUUGUACAGUGCUACAGCUACGAAGGUGUUAGCGCUAAGAGGAUCUUCAAGAGGACAUAAAAGAAGUGUGGAGAAGGACAGUCCAGUUUGGGAACAGAAUUUAUACCAAGAUGUAACUGUUGUCAUUGCUGGCUAUGUUACAAAUAAAUGAUCAAAUGUUUCUACUUCA